AUGAAUAUCAAUGCAAAAGCUUAUCGUCUUGGUGAUCUGAACAAUGAAACGAAAUUUAUAAUUAAAACAGUUGGCAUUGAUGCACCAGAUAUGUUACCAGAUGAUGUACCCGAUGGAACAGAAGUCGCUUUGGUUGAUCGUAAUGAAAAUCAACAAUCAAUGGAAAAUUUGAAUAAAAUGCGAUGUACUGCAACAAUGUUAACAAAACUAUAUCGUGAAAGCAACUUUGCUAUUGAUCAAAAGAUGACUUUUCUAUUAACCAGUGCUAUUCUUAGUGAUACGCUUCAUUUUCGAUCACCAGCAACGACAACUGAUGAUCGAAAUAUUUUGAAAUAUCUUAUUCCACUUGAUAAAAUAGAUAAUAUCACAUCAUAUGCUAAUAGUAUGUUCGAAGUUAAAAGUGGCUUGACAGGAUUUUCAACACGACAAAUUCUUCUUCUUGAUUAUAAACAAUAUACUUUUAAUAAUCAAACAUGGGGAAUAGGUACAGGGGAAACAUGUAGUAUGAAUAAAAUACUCGAACGAAACGAUGAACUACUCAAGGAAAUGAAUGAAGAAAAGAAAAGAUUUACAAGGAAUUUUAUUUUCAAUUAUUGA